AUGGAUUUAGUUUGUGAAUAUAAAACAAAACAAAACAAAGUGUUUACAAUAAUUAUCAAGGCAAAGUUGACUAUAACACAAUUUCUCUGUAGUGUCAUUAUCCUGUCAGUAAUGCGACUGGCCACCACACACACACACACACACACACACACACACACACACACACGCACACUUGAAGGCAGCAGGUGCAUUUGCAUCACAGACACCACCAUUGCGGCUGCUACUGUCACCAAAAGGAACUCAAGCUACAAGGAAACAGUGCCCAGCCCCCUCCCCCAGCUCCUCACUAAAGUGCAGCACUUCUCUUCUGGAGCGAGGGGUGCAUGUCCCAGGGAGACCCCGUCCCAUCCUGGACGCCCUGCUGUUGGGCAGGUGCGGGGCUGGUGCUGCGCAGCCAUCAGGCCAGAGGGCGGUGUGCUGCCUCCGGGGGCUGGCGGCCUGGCUUAG